UUUACAAAGUAUUAAAGAAGAACCAUGUUUUUGAGUAAUUUUCACAGUAACGUAACAAAAUUUGUAUUAAGUAUGACGAUGCUUUUAUAAGAGAAAUAAGUAUAGAAUAAUAACAAAUUAGUGUUUUGUAAUAGAUAAUUAGUUUAUAAAAUAGUAAAAAAUAAUCAGCAAGCAUGAAAAUAAGUGGACAUGCAAUUAACCAAUAUUUAGGACUAUUAAGUUGUUUCCAACAGAAGAGUAAGAAGGUAAUAGAUCAAGAAAGUGAAAGUGCUUUCUAUCAAUACUUAUCAUGUUUUUUUGCUAUGUUGUCAAUGAUGUCCAGUGGUUUCCACUACGGUUGGCCAUCCCCAACACUACCCAAACUCUUAGCCAAAGACUCCUCAAUUCACAUAACCGAAGAUGAAGGAUUUUGGCUUGCGACUAUGCCCUUAUUCGGUGCUUUCAUUGGUUCUUUUACAAAUCCAAUUUUAGUAGACAGGAUUGGGAGACACAAAACUAUAUUAUUAACAUCAGGACCAUAUCUGGUAUCUUGGGUUCUCAUAUAUUUGGCAACAAAUAUUCCAACUAUAUAUGGUGCUAGAUUUAUCGCUGGUAUAUCAGAUGGUUGGAGCUAUUCGAUUCCAAUAUACACUGGAGAGAUAUCAGAUCCCACGAAAAGAGGUAUGUUCGGAGCCUGGACCAGUAUUUCGUUUAUUUUUGGAAUCUUAACAGCUAACGUUGUUGGAUCGUAUCUGUCCAUAGAACAUACAGCAUUAGUAGGUGGCAGUAUACCUAUAUUAUUGGUUUUAACGUUCAUGUGGAUGCCCGAAUCACCUUAUUAUUAUAUUAUCAAGGGUAACUUAGCGGGUGCCAGAAAAAGCCUUAAAAUUUUAAGAGGAUCAAAAAAUGUUGAUGAAGAACUAAACAGAAUAAAUGAAGCAGUCAAAGCUGAUAUGAACAAAACUAGCAUUAACCCUCUACAUUUAUUCACUGUAAAGAGAAAUCGAAGAGCACUACUUAUAAUGACAUUAUGCCGAGGAGCUCAACAGCUCUCUGGUAACACAGCAAUAUCGUUUUAUGCUCAGAACAUAUUUUCCUCAGCAGAUAGCUUUGUUCCUCCUGAAAUAGCAUCAAAUUUAUAUUUUCUGAUACAGUUAAUAGUUACAAUAAUUGCAUCUAACAUUGUGGAUAGAGUUGGAAGAAGACCUCUACUAUUGAUAUCUGUUGCUGGUGCAGGGAUAGCUCUUUUAGUAGAAGGAGUUUACUUUUAUGUAAAAACUUCAGUAGAUGUUACCAAUUUUACGAUGGUGCCAAUAGUAGCUCUGAUAGUGUAUGUUGUCUUCUUCAGUUUAGGUCUUCAAGGUAUUCCAGUUAUCAUUCUAAGUGAAGUGUUUAAUGCUGAUGUCAAGGCGAUUGCACUAGGAUUCUCUGAUGUCUAUUUUUCUGUUACUGCCACUGCUACGUCAAAAUACUUUCAAGCUACCAGAGAUGCCUACGGGAUGUUUGUGCCAUUUGUUACUUUCUCUGCAAUUUGUGCUAUUUCCUUUAUAUUGAUGUUCUUUUUAGUUCCUGAAACAAAAGGAAAGACUCUGGAAGAGAUUCAAGAAUAUUUUAAAAGUGGUAGAGAUGGUAAAACUACAAAUGAAUCCAGUAGUACUUAAGUAAUAAUGAAUAGUAAAUCUUUUUUAAGAUCAAAAUGUAACUUAUAUUAAGUUUCUACUAUAUAUAUGAUUAACUUCUACAUAAAUGAUUUAAUUUCCUUUUUUAGAUAA